ACUCCACUCCAUCACAGAAACCAACGCAGCAGGCGAGUGAAGGAGCGAGUUUUACCUUCAAUUUCGCCAAGUUCCUUUGCGAUUCUCGCCCCCCUAAAUCCCUAAAUUCCCGCACAUAUACACUCACCUUUCUUCAUCAUUUCACAAUCAUCCUUUUACUCCACUCAAUUUCUUCAGCGUUUCAGGUUUGGGAGAGGAACAUUGCUUAUCCACAUUGCAGAGUGAUUGAAUAUUCUCCAAGCUUAGAAUCCUCUUUCCUUUGAAGCAUAGCUAGUGUGGUGUUGUUGGAGGCUCCAUUUCAGAAAUUUUUCAUGUAGCUUCAUCUAUUUUUUGUUGAUUAGUUGAAGAGUGUGACACGGAUAAUUUAGGCUAAAUAAAGACGUUGGGAACCUCAAACUAUGGGUUCUGUUUGUUGCUGUCUGAGUUUUGAUGAUUUUGAAGAUUAUGUAAAUCCAAAUAGUUCUGUAUAUAGGAACUGCGUCUGUCUCAGUUGCCUGAUACAGAACCUUUUGAACGUGUAUGCAUCAAUAUUCCGCAGAGGGGAAGUUCAUUCAGCUCCUUCAUCCAUUCAGGGGGCUGCAUCCAUGACCUCUGCAGCAUCACUUGAUAAUUCUCUAUCGGACAUGUACCGUUCUCCUCCAAGGCCAUUACCAUAUGAUGCGGAUUCGAGGUUUUUCCGCGCACGUGAUGGGCUAGUUUCAAGGCGUGAGAAGGGUUCAAGUCAUUCGAAUGAGGAAACAGAGCCUUUAAGAAGUAAUACAGACGUUGAUACAGAAUCUCUGAAUUCAGGAGACAAAUGGAAUGACUGUGCCUGUGAAGACGGGUCAAAAGAAUACCGUUCGAAGUCCUCACUAAGAGUUUCAUCAGCAAAAUAUGCAACUGGAGUUGGCCUUGUCUAUGCAUCAUCAGAAGAGGAGGAUGUCUGUCCGACUUGCCUUGAAGAAUACACUACCGAGAAUCCGAAGAUAAUGACAAAAUGCUCUCACCAUUUUCAUCUCGGUUGCAUUUAUGAGUGGAUGGAGAGAAGUGACAACUGUCCAGUUUGUGGAAAGGUGAUGGUAUUCGAUGAAACGACAUACUCUUGACUAGAAAGUAUGUCUUGUGGAUGAAGCCAGCAACAGAAGAGAGAAAAGGAAGAAUAUAUAUAUAUAAACAUUGUGAAUAUACUGCUGAUUUAAGUGCUUGUCAUGUAUAGUAAGUAUGAAAAUUUUUUUUAUUAACCAUUGUUGUGAGUUCAUUGUCAUCCAACUUGUUUUCAUAUUUAAAGUAUUCCCACUUGACCUAAACACUUGAAGUAAAGAAGAAAACUGCAGUUUCAUCAGAUGGAAGCUAUGUUCUGUGCAGUAUAAUAAGGAUUUCUAAUUAUGAAUUGUUAUGCUCAUGUAGAAGAACGAA